GUUCCGUCUAUUUAACUAAAGCUAUUGGUUGAAGCGUCCGUUUUUGGGAGGUAGGUUUGUUGUGCAGUCUCUCUCUCCUCUCUUCUUUUCUUUCUCUUCCUGCUUGCUCAAAUGGCCGGCCUGAGAUGGAGAGAGUUGUGGAACACGGUUGCGUUCCCCACCCGGCGAGUCUGGAAUCGUUUCACCGUUCACGUCGGAUUACGCCACAGUGGACUCUUGAGGUUACAAAACGACGUGAGUUCGUGCGAGUACGAAGACAUUCACAUCAUGUGGAAUCUGUUGCACAAGAUUGAAGAUUCGACACAAACACCGACACGUGUUGCACGGAUCAAACAAAGGAAGAAAGCUUGUUGGAAUCUCUUCGGUUCAUAUCUUUGCCAAAGAUUCUGAUUAUACAACAUAUAUAACCUAAAAUCUUUCCAAAGCCAUAGUUGUAAUUUGUGAGAGCCUUGACGGGUCCCCUGCAAGUGUGGUGAGGAUAUUGACAAAUUUCGCAAAAGAAUAAACUCCGAGGUUGUACAGUUUUAGCUGUUAUAUUUCCAUGGCAUUCCUCUCUGUAUGUUAUCUAAAUAUCUAUGAGUAUCACAAUCAAUUGAGUGUUGUUGUAUGUAGUAUGAUACAAAUGCUUCCCAUAGUUCAAUAUUACUAUAUUCAUCAAUAAAUUUUCUUUCUUCUGAA